CUGCGGAAUGCGCACUGCAUUGGUGGGUGGGCAGAUCGCCGGCUUUACAGAGACAGCAAACCAGCCUCUGUUGCAUGCAAACAGUGUGUGACGAGAUCUUCGCACUCCUAUCACCUUAUCACCUUUUGCUAUAGUUUUCGUUUGAGUGCUUAUGUUUCUUUACAGUGCCUCGCGAAACGCUUUUGAGUUUUUCUUAUAAACGCUUAAGUCGCUAUAUCCCGUUCUCCACACAAUUUAAGGCUUGAAUAGCUCCCAUCCCCAACAUUUUAUUACUCUCAAAGAGAGUGUUAGCCCCGAGGUGUCGACUCUGUGAGUGCAUAUUUAUUUCGUCCAGAGAAAAUGGCAAAAGAUGAUAAGAAGGACGGAUGGAAGGAGUUUUUCUGGAACCCAAGAACCGGCGAGUUCUGCGGCAGGACCGCCAGCAGUUGGGGUCUGAUCCUGUUGUUUUAUCUGGCGUUCUACAUUUUCCUGGCUGGCUUAUUUACUCUCACCAUGUAUGUAAUGCUGCAGACACUUGAUGACUAUAAACCAACAUACCAGGACAGACUUGCAACUCCAGGGAUGAUGAUCAGGCCUAAAGGUGAGGAACUGGAGCUUGCUUACACUAUACAGUACACAGAGACCUGGGAAAGAUACGUUCAGGCCCUCAAUAACUUCCUCACUCCUUACAAUGACUCAAUCCAGGCACGGAAGAAUAUUGAAUGUAAACGAGAUCAGUACUUUAUCCAGGAGGACAGUGGAACUUUGAAAAACUAUCCCAAGCGCUCUUGCCAGUUCAACCGCACCAUCCUGGGUAAUUGCUCGGGUGUCACCGAUCCUGUCUAUGGUUAUAACAGUGGCCAGCCCUGUAUCAUCAUCAAGCUCAAUCGUGUUAUUGGUCUUUUACCUGGGAAGGAAAGUAGGGCUCCUUUCAUCACAUGUGGUGGUAAGAAAUACAAAGUUGGGAAAGAGGAGUGGACUGAUGACUCAGAUAAACUUGGUGAACUACAGUACUAUCCCCCCGAUGGCUCUUUCAACCUCAUGUAUUACCCAUACUACGGAAAGAAAUCCCAGGUUAACUAUUCUCAGCCUCUAGUGGCCAUUAAGUUCCUUAACAUUACCAAAAAUGUGGAUGUCAACGUGGAGUGCAGAAUCAAUGCUAACAACAUUCCUGAUGGCACUGAACGAGACAAAUUUGCUGGACGGGUUUCUUUUAAACUGAGGAUCAACUCCAUAAAUUAAAUUGAACAACAUGUGUUUCUAUCUUUUACAUGAACACACAAACACAUACAUCAGCUACUUCAGUAGGGACAGAUAGACAUAAGUCAUGAAUAAUCAAUACAGACAUAGCAAAGAAUAACAAAUAAAACCCAGAGACUGACUGCAUUAGUGAGGUUAUAUAGAGUAAGCAUGGUUGUGUCAUUGUGUGUAUUUAUGUGUGUACAUCAGUGUCUGUAUGUGUGUCUGCAUGUGUGGUUUAAGAUUAUUUUCCGAAACACAAUUUUUGUGCAUGCUCAGUAAUGAGCUUUUAAUUAUAUAUAUAUAUAUAUAUAUAUAUAUAUACAAUAAGGAGAAACUUUGAGUCGAUUUUGUAAAAUGGGCAAAGAUUCAGCACCUAAUAAAUUAUACAAUAUUUAUACAUCUUAAUUAAUAUAGGAAAUGGAUGAAGUGAGUCCAUAAAAAGAUUUCAUUUUCAAAGAUUUGACUUAUGUAGCAUUGUAGACUGGCAUGACCUUGUGUGUGUUUAUAGUGUCUGAAAUCUUUUGUUUGCAUGUGUGCAAUCGAGUUAAAAUCCCUCCCCCAUCUGCUGGCUUUAUAGCUGGAGAGGAUAUUUUAUACCAACACGUAGAUAUGCCGCACGAUAAACAUAAGCGAACAUUCCCCUCCAAUAAACACACAUCUUUUUUGUUAUGCAGGCAAACAUUUCUGCAUUCCUAUUCGUUUACUUCUAUCAGUUUGUACUAUCAUAUAAUGAAGUGUGUCUAACACACGUUUCAUUUAUCAUGAGGCGUGUCUCUUUAAGUUUGUUUACUGUAUGUGUAUAAAUAGGUCUCUUUUUUGCAUGUGCAUUAUAGUUUGUUGCACAUAAUGAUGGUACUUGAUAUCUUGUAAUGAAUGAAGUGACUGUGUGCUUAUAGAUGACAGCAGGCAUCUAUAGGUAAAAAAAUGUGUGUUUGGGAUGUGUGUGUGACUUCAUGUAUGUGUGUACUUGGAUUUAUUUGAUUUAUUAAUCUUGUUUCAUGUUAAACAUCUUUGGGCACAAUUUACUUUUGAGUUUAUUUUGAUUUUGAUUGUAACUUUACCAUAUACUGUAUCGCCAUACUUUUAACAGCAGGAACAGCAGGCUUAUGUUUCUGCUGAUAAGAAAGUAUGAAGUACACAGGACUUUACCCUGCACGAGUCAAUAAAACAUAAACAAUUCCAUUCAUCUCAUUUCUCAUUAUUUGUUUAAAUCUCAUUUCUGAUCUGUAUUCAUGAUCUCACCUCAUGUCAUACGUGAAGUCCAUAGGUUGUAAGGUUUACUGUCAUGCAAAGAACUGAUCACCCAUUACAAUGUACACACAGUUGUUAUGUGUCAUAGUCCAUCUGACAAGAGUCUACACUCUUUCUAAUGCCCUAAUCCUUUAAUCCCAUUGGAUAAUCCUAACUAGGUACAGUGCUUUACACCAGCAUUUGCCCACAUCUCGUCACAACCUUAUGUUCACGUCUAUAUAAAAUAAAAUGUUUAUGUACUGAAUAACAUUUAAUGCAGAAAUGUAAACAUAUAUUGUUUAUCAAUGAAUAACUUUCAUGUGUGUGUGUGUGUGUGUGUGUGUGUGUGUGUGUGUGUGUGUGUGUGUGUGUGUGUGUGUGUGUGUGUGUGUGUGUGUGUGUGUGUGUGUGUGUGUGUGUGUGUGUGUGUGUGUGUGUGUGUGCAUUCGUGCAUGCAUGUGUGUGUGGUACAGUUACUUGAUCCAGCAGGAAGAGAUUAAAACCCUAAAUUAAAAAUGUAUUAACCUCAAGCUCAGAUCAUAUGUCAUUAACUCACCCUAUUACAGUAGUUCACUAAAACAGCAAAAAUCCACAUCAUUGGGCAAAUAUAUUUAUGAUUAUUAUUUCUAAUACACAGUUUUCAUCACUGCAACAGUUUCCACACAAAGAUAAAAUGAGAAAUAUAACAAAUGCAGAUUUUGCUGCAUGCAAGCUUUCCAAAGGUUUAUGUGUAUAAACAGCGCCCCUGGUGGAAGAGGUGUGGUUGGCCUCUCGUAUGCCACCAAAUGUUUCAUGAGUGAACUACACAUAUUAGUUUGAAUUAAUAUAUUACAGGAAUCUUCUCAAAUGCAAUACAUUUAUAUUUUAAAUCCGCUUUUCUUUAGAAUGGCCGAUCACAAAGAGAAUAAUAUAUUAUUAUAUUUAAAUACAUAUAUUGGUGAGAAUGGCUAGAUUAGAGCUUAUAUUUUUAAAGAACUUAUAUUUAUAUUUUUGUUUGACAUCUAUGAUAAAGCAUGCACUGUUAAAGCUGGGAAAUUUAUAUGAUGGAUAUUGUGCUUUGCGCUGGUGCUUGUUUUGGGGGCCAAGAUUGUAAUAUUUGAUUGUUCCUAUAAUGCUUGGAUCUGACUGUAAUCUUUGCAAUACCAAAGUGUCUGUAACUCUUCACAUAUGCUUCAAAACACUGACAAUAUAUAGAAUAUAUGUGUAACAUUGACAUAGAAAUUAUAAAAUGAUUAUUACAUAAACUGUUCAAAAUCA